AUCCUCAUUUUCACAGUCAGUCUUGAAUUGUAUUUUAAUUUUCCAAAACUCUGUGUUAACACAAACUCAUAGACAUAAUGUUGAGAUACAUCGCAUUAUUGGUGGCAAUGAUUGCCGCUUUGUUGGCACCGGUAGCCCAGGCCGGUAUCUAUGGAAGGAUAUGGUGGAUAUGGAGGGUAUGGAGGGUAUGGUGG